UCUGAUUUUGGACCUUUCUCUCUCUAUCUCCUCCGCAGCCUUUGACCGUAUCUCAGCCCUACAUCUCUCUUUCCGUUCCUCCAAUUUCUCACCUUCUUCUUCUUCAUGCGUGAGCCAUUGCGAAUUUCAUCUCCCAAAUUUUCCGAUUCAUCGCCUUAAUGGGAAAUGUAACCGGCGGUGUGGCUGCGAAGUUUGCCUUCUUCCCACCGGAGCCUCCAACCUAUGACGUUUACAGAGGGGACGAUGGAAGGCUCGCCUUCUCCGGCGUGUCCGCCGAUAGGAAUAUGGACGUCAAUUUGCUUGAUACCAAGGCCGGUAAUAGGAUCGUGGCCACCUUCUGGAAGUAUCCUUUUGCUCGAUUGACGCUUCUUUAUUCCCAUGGAAAUGCCGCUGAUCUUGGCCAGAUGCACGAGCUCUUCGUUCAGCUCAGAGCUCACCUUCGCGUUAACAUCAUGAGCUACGACUAUUCAGGAUAUGGAGCAUCUACCGGUAAGCCAUCUGAAUUCAAUACAUAUUACGACAUAGAAGCUGUUUACAAUUGCUUGAAGCGUGAUUAUGGGAUCAAGCAAGAAGACAUGAUUCUAUAUGGGCAAUCUGUGGGGAGUGGACCGACCCUUCACUUGGCAUCUCGACUACAAAGAUUAAGAGGCGUCGUUCUUCACAGCGCCAUACUUUCAGGCAUUCGAGUAUUGUGUCCUGUCAAAAUGACAUUUUGGUUUGACAUUUUCAAGAACAUAGACAAGAUAAGGCUGGUGAGCUGUCCCAUUUUGGUUAUGCAUGGAACAAAUGAUGAUAUUGUUGAUUGGUCCCAUGGAAAACGACUUUGGGAGCUUUCAAAGGAAAAGUACGAUCCGUUAUGGGUGAAAGGCGGGGGACAUUGUAACCUCGAGACGUUCCCCGAGUAUAUUAAGCAUUUGCGUAGGUUCAUUAAUGCAAUGGAGAAGGUCCCAACUAAACAAACGAUAAAACAACUCACUUCUACCCCGAGCAUCACGGAGUCGAAACAUAACAAGUGCUUGAGAUUUAGAAAACGAUAGUUUUGUGUUGUCGUGAUUGAAGUAGAGACUGAAUCAAAGAUAAUUUUGUUGUAUCUGCUUCGCCUGUCUUCACGUCCAAAAGAGUUCAACAAUCAACACGCUUGGUGUCACAGUCAUGCUUGUGGUCGCAUGUCGGAUGUCCCAGUCAUGCUUGUCCAGGACAUAUUAUCCAUGGUUGCAUGCCCAUUCAAAACCUCUUUUACUUGCUUUCA